AUGGAGGAAUUGGGGCAACUCACUUUCACUGAAUUUGAAGUCUCAUCUUCACAUUGGGUGAACGUCACUCACAUUAUAGAUCCCUUGAAUUUCUUUGUGCGACCAAUUAAAUAUGCCAAUUUCAUAGGGUGCAUAGAGCGCACCUAUCCUCAAGAUAAGCCACAUUCAUUGAAUACAUGCGAUUUGAUUUUGUUUAACUUAGAAUGGACAAACAAGGUGCCAAAGUUUGCUCGGGGCCAAGUGCACUUCAUCAGCAACGCCAAUGAUGUGAUCACGUGUGACAUCAUAGCUUUGGAUUACGGUAACCUGGUCAAGGAUGUACCGCUCUGCCACAUAUGGAGACUGAACGAGACUUAUAGGAACAUGCCGCCGUUGGCCGUUAAAUGCCAGCUACUAUACUGUUUCCCCAAACACGGGAAGGAAUUCGGCCAUCACGCCAUAGAGGCUUUCAAAUACUACGUCGGCAACGAGAAAGCCAAGAUUAUCGUCGAGAACAAGACAGCUGAUAAAUUGACGGUGGAGAUGUACAAUUCGGGCCCCGAUGAUAUAGCCACGUUACUGGCUAUGACCGAUUACACCAGGAUGGGUUACGUUGAGCCCAGCGUCAGCAAGGUCAACAACGAAAUGAGCAAGAAUCUCGUCUACGCCUUCAGGCAGUACAAGGUCGGCCAGACGAUCCACGUGAAGGUUUUGAGCGGCGAUAUAUACAAGACCUUCUAUGUAGGCGAAGUCCACGAUUUCCAGACUUAUAGGCAUGAGUUGGAGAAUUUCGCUCACUUCGCCAAUAGAGGCGAUCAGGUGAAGCCUUUGCCACGCGAACUCAUGCCCGGUACACCGGUGUUCGUGAAGGAGAACGAAGUGAUCUACAAUAGAGGCAUCAUUAGAGAAGUGACCGUGCCGUUCGUUGUGGUAUACGUCCACCUGGUGGAUGUAGGCCGUAACUACCAAGCGCCGGUGUACCACAUGCGUCACAUGGUCCGCGAAUGCAUCGAUAUGCCGCCUAUCUCGAUCUUCUGCCGCGCUAAUGAGAGACAGGCUCAAAUUAACAGCGGUUAUGCUAGAUUCAUUCAGCCGGGGAACGAGUUUCUGAUUACCUUCGAGAAGCUGGGCUAUGAAUACAACAUACCACAUACAGUAUUCAUUUCUCCAAUAGAGAGAGCCACCCCAGAUGCUGGUCGUCAGCAUCGCCGCAACUAA